AUGCGCUUUCAUUAUCUUAUUCUUGUGAUAUUCUCGUUAAUUCCUCAAAUAUAUUCUUUCUCAGUUUAUAAGAAAUCAGAACGCCAAGUCGCCGAAAGCGAAGCAGUGUUGGACCCAAACGGAGAUUUAUCGAUAAAAUGGCGAAUCGAUUAUGUAUCCCACAAAAUUCGCUUCGAAGUGAGCUUAUCCGAAAAAGGUCCAGCAAUCAAUUGGUUUGCAGUGGGGUUUUCUGAUAGAGGAGAUAUUAAAAAUGCCGAUUUAUGCUUAGCAUGGACAGACUACCACGGAAACGAUCAUUUUGAAGAUAUGCACUCGGACGAAGAAGGAAAAUUAUUGCUCGACAUCAAACAGAAUUGCGACAACUUUCACGUAAACGCCAAGAGGAGAUGCUUGACUUUCGAUCGAGAUUUUGAUACUUGCGAUGAUGAAGAUUACACCAUCGAGGAUGGCACUGUACAUGUUAUUUGGGCCCGUGGUACAGAUAGAUUAUUCACAUCAAAAGGACUUUGUCUGUCCUGUACAUCUCAACACGAUCAUGGCUUCAUACGUGUUAGAUUAUUAACCCCCCCUUCCAUGCCCCCACAAAAGGCUGAAGAAUUAGCUAUUGUAAACAAAAAUGUAGAAGUACCUGGUACAGACACAACUUAUUGGUGCAAAGUUGUAAAAUUGCCUGAUUAUGUGUCUGAAGAAGUACAUCAUAUAAUUCAGUUUCAAUCUUCCAUCACGAGAGGAAAUGAAGGCCUCGUUCACCACAUGGAAGUGUUCUACUGCGACGCUGAUCCGCAGCAAGACAUUCCACUCUAUGAAGGCAACUGCUUUGCUUCAGACAGACCUGAAAAAACUAAAUUAUGCUCAAAGGUGAAAGCGGCGUGGGCGAUGGGCGCUCCACCGUUUGUCUAUCCUAAAGAAGCUGGCUUACCACUUGGUGGAAGGGGGGCAAAUAAAUACGUAAUGCUUGAAGUUCAUUACAAUAAUCCUGAACUCAAAGAUGAUUGGGUAGACAGUUCAGGAAUCACGCUACAUUUGACAGCAAACAGGCGUCAAUACGACGCGGCUAUAAUGGAGCUGGGUUUGGAGUACACGGAUAAAAUGGCGAUCCCGGGACGUCAACCAGCAUUUCCUCUGACAGCACAUUGCAUUCCACAGUGCACUGGAGUGGGCUUGCCGAAGGAAGGAAUCGUUGUAUUCGGAAGUCAACUACACACACAUCUAACAGGGAUAGCGGUAUGGACCAGACAUUUUCGUCGCGGUAUCGAACUGCCAGUACUCAAUAGAGAUUUGCACUAUUCCACCCAUUUUCAAGAAAUAAGGAUUUUACAUCGACCGGUUCAAGUGUUGCCUGUAAGUAAGAAACGGGGUGAGGGUGAUUACCUGAUGACUACAUGCCUAUUCAAUACCCUGGACAAAGAAAACGCAACAAUUGGUGGACAUGCGAUCACAGAUGAAAUGUGUGUAAAUUAUAUACAUUACUAUCCGGCGUCAGAACUGGAGGUUUGCAAAAGCGCCAUUUCAAAUGUUGCCCUAGAGAGUUAUUUUAAAUUUGAAAAGAGGUGGGAUAACAUGCCUAUAUCGUAUAAAGCGCCACCUCGUGCUAAUUAUUUGUCUAUAAGACCGUGGACAGCAUUGAGAGUAAAUAGCUUAGAUUUAUUGUACGACAAAUCCACAAUUUCUAUGCAGUGUAAUAAAUCUGAUGGGAAUCGAUUUCAGGGUGAUUGGGAAGGCAUAUACAUUCCCAGGAUCAAACUACCACUUAAAUCAGAACCAAGACACUGUCCAAAGGAGUAUUUAUAA